ACACUUAUUUAGCGCAGUUCGCAUGUGACCACAGACAGAUGUUAAUAGUCUACUAUAUCUAAAAUAAGUGGUCCACUUACAAACAAGUCUACGUGCUUUAUUAAUUCGAUUUGUGGCACUUAAUUAUAUCUUGACAAUGGGAACCGGGAUUCGCCUUCAUUUGGCACAUCUUAUCGUGUUGUCUUCCAGCGCACUCAUUCCGGACACCAGCAACCAGGACUUUUUUUGUUUUCGCACUAAGUCCGAACUUGGACGCAGUCAGUGUACUUUUCUUCGGAGACCAUCAGCGGCGGCGUCUGUUCUUUUUUACUGGACCAUGUGGACAGCAGACCAUCGUGUUGAAGAGUGUUUUAUAAGCGCCGAGGCAGCUUUGAUUCAAAACUAUAUGUCAGUAUGUCGUGAACAAGGCAUCUGGGAUCAACAUAAAACGUCAGGUCUGCGCCUCAAUAUAACUCUCCUUAUGGAGCUUGGUAGUCCAUGUGAAUUUAGACCACUUGUCCUUGGCAACUUAAUGUGGCAUAGGUACUUAAACCCUGGCUAUCUACUGGGCUCUGGGAACAGAAUGCGCCAGAAGCGCGCUUGGAUCUUACCCGGAACCCUGUGGUGUGGCCACGGAAGCCGCGCUGGUGACUAUGAGCAGCUGGGUAUGUUUGAGCGUGUGGACAGAUGCUGCCGAGAGCAUGAUCACUGUGACCACAUCAUUCGCCCAUUCACUGUGAACUUCGGGGUGUUUAAUCCGACUCUGUUCACAAUUUCACAUUGCGACUGUGACCACAGAUUUAAGCAGUGCCUUCUAAACAUUAAUGACACCGUCUCAAAUAUGGUGGGCUAUACAUUCUUCAAUAUGCUUAAGCUCCACUGCUUUGAGCUCAUACAGAAGAGAAGGUGCACGAAGAUCAGCUGGAUUGGAAUGUGCACAUCAGAUAAGGUUGCACCGUAUGCAAUCCUUAAGCAUACAACAAUAUAUAAUGCCACCACUUCAACAGCUGGCAUUCCUGAACCACCAGUUUGUCCAGGAAAACCUUCAGCUACCACCAAACAAAAGAACAUUAAACCUAAAGAAAGAAAGCAAUCAACAUCUCAAAAGAAUUGUGUUCCAGGAGCAUCUGCAGCAGGGCAUACUGCUCUGUUGAGUGAAAUUAUUGACCAGCCCUAUGGUACACCAAAGACAAUUUCACCUGUGUCUAACAUAGCACAGCCAAAUUGCCUGAUGAGCUGUAACACAACAUUUUUCCAUCAGAAAUCUAAACCCAUAACGCAAAGCACUCUAUUUCCAGCAGCAGCAAGUACUGCAUAUGUGGACACAACAUCUGUAGCAUCUACAAAAUGGAUGGCUACUCCAUCAAAAAAAAUAAUGCCAAAGAAAGGCAAAAACAUUACUCAAAUGUCCUUUACCACAGUGCAAACCAAGCUCAUCAAAAAUGAUAAAUCUCUGACAUCCAAGCUGAAAGGUGAACAACCCAAAGCUGAUCAUUUCAAUCCAAAACAGCAGAGGGGAAAGGAUGACAAGCAGUACAAUGUAUCUUUACAUGUCACCGUAUCUCCAAAAUUCCUAACACUAUCUCUGGCUAGCAAACUUCCAAGGACUAACAAGUUGUUUCAAAGCAUGUCACAAACAAAAAAAGAGGCAAAUUCUCCAAGUAGAAAAAAUACCUUCAAUGGUGUCUCAAGCAAAAUUCGUCCAUGGAACAAAAGCACAUCAGGAAUGAAACACAAAUCAGUGGAAAUCACCAAACUACCUAAGUCUCGGAAUAAAACCAGCUUGCCAUCUACAACUUUUAAACCAACAGCAAUCUGUGAUGUAACCAGAGAAUUAGAUGACUGCAAAUACAGGAUACAUCCCAUGGAGAAGUUAUAUGGACUUCAUAAUAUAGAGACAACUACAAUCUACCAUUGUGAUUGCAUACACAGGUUCACUGAUCAUUUAAAGCAACUCAAGAGCAUUGCUUUACUAAAGAAACGUCUUUGGAAAUUUGUAUCCAUGUUCUGCAUUGAAAUACCAAAUUCCAGGGAAUGCAGCAACAACACAAGAUGUUCUGCCAUUCUUUACAAGGCCACAGAGUUAGAGUCAUCACUGAUCAAACUGGAAGGUCAGGUGAAAAAUCAAAAAAUAUCUACAAAUAAAAGAGGCUCCAAUCAACUUUACAAACGUUGUCUAAGGAUUUUACGUCCCAGAAGCCCAAAACAAGCAUAGAGCUUGACUAACGCUGACAGAGUGGUAAUAUAUACAAU